AUGUCCUGCGUAUUAUUUUUACAAAAUCGCAAACACCAAUGGCGUUGGCGUGUUGCUGUUCGUUGUGUGUCUACCCGGGGUCGAUCGGGCUCACCCAGACGAUGCCGAUGCGGGUUCCGAGCCAGUUCAUGGAGGUUAUUUCUCCCCGCCCCCGCGCCCGCCUGUCGCGGCUUAUCCACCGGGGCGGCGGAUGAGGAUUUCAUUGUUACCACAUUAACUACCCCGGGAAAGGGCGCGCAAGACCAACAAGUAGACAAAAAACAUGACCGUGGACCACCUUGGGAGGUGCUUGCCAUGUUCGCCCCCAUGGCGACGGUCGCGGCGGGCGAAAUCAAGGCCUUGUUGCACAUCCUUUCCAGAAGCCCCGCUCAGGACCCGGGGCAGGGGGACGGAUCGGACGUAUCGACGGACCGUGACCUCGAGGAGCAAACGGUCGAGGAAGAAGCGGCCGACCUGAACGCGGCCCCCAGUUUGCGUUUGCCCUGGUCCGAGGUGGAAUUCCCUGUCCCGGCGUUCGAGCCAGUCGUGCCGGCGUGA